AUGUCUGCAAAAGUCCCAGGGAGACAAGCCGAUGACCAGCAGUCUGCCUGUCCUCACAGAGCUGAGAGCACUGUUAAAGGUGAUCAUGCUGCCAAACACGCCCUCUUCGGUCACGGCGUGUGUAAUUGGCCCGGUUGUGAGUCAGUCUGUGAAAACUUCAGCCAGUUUAUCAAGCACAUAAGCAGUGAACACACUCUGGAUGACAGAAGUACAGCCCAGUGCAGAGUCCAGAUGCAGGUGGUUCAGCAGCUUGACCUUCAGCUCUGCAAAGAACGGCAGCGUCUGCAGGCAAUGAUGGCUCACCUGCAUCUGCCAUCUUUAGAAGCUCAAUCGCUCUCGGCGCCUGCACAGUCGCCACAGUCCGACACGGCUGCUGACCCGUGCGGCCCGCAGCUCACUUCAGUCACCAACAGCUUGCCCUCGCUGAGACCAUCAGACCCAGCCCAGGUGUCCCCUCGACCUCUAGAUCCUGUUGGCACUCCAUCCCAGGGGUGUGAGAAAGAGUUCCCCUCUCACACGUCAGGCGUUGGGCCAAUCAGACGUCGUAAUCACCCUCUGGUCUACUCGCUGUCUUCAGAAAAUGAAUAUGAGCUUUACAAAAACACUGAUCUCAGACCACCUUUCACCUAUGCCACACUGAUUCGACAGGCUAUCAUGGAAACAUCAGACAUGCAACUAACCCUCAACGAGAUAUACAACUGGUUCACAAGGACAUUUGCUUAUUUCCGACGCAACGCCGCCACUUGGAAGAAUGCGGUUCGACACAACUUGAGCCUGCACAAGUGUUUCGUGCGCGUGGAGAAUGUGAAAGGUGCGGUGUGGACUGUGGAUGAGGUGGAAUACCAGAGGAGGCGAUCCCAGAAGAUCACAGGAAAUCCAUCACUGAUGAAAAGUAUUUCCUCCAGUGCAGGUUAUGGAACCCUAAUGAAUUCUGGCUUGCAGACCGCACUGGCAGAGGCGUCACUGCCAGGACUCAAGAAAGACAACGUAAGAGGAAAUUCAAAGAGUGAAAUACAAAGGAGCAGCAUGGCUGACAGCCACAGAAACCAAAACUUCUCUCCUCGUGUCCAGACGCCGCUUUUCCUUGAAGACAAAGAGCUGAAGGUGAAUGACCAAGGAUGUCUGAUACAGACAGUGAAACCAGUCAGCCUGCAGCCAGACAUGAGUGAAAAUGAUGGAGGGCAUUUGUUUGACCUUGAAUGACUCUUUUAUUGUUAAGAAAAGCAGUAAAAUUAGCAUUAAAACUAUUUAGAAUAUUUUCUAUUCAUCAGCAAAUGUAAUAAAGUAAAUUUAGCUUUGAGACAGAUUAUAGCAGCCUCAAUUUCUCCUCAAUUUCAGUCAAACAGCAAAAGAAAGCAGAAUAUAGUGCCACUUGUGGUCUCUGUGCUGGGAAUACUUUUAUCAAAUAUUUAAAUAUUGGACUAUAUAUCUUAAUAACAGUUAUUAUUCAAAUAUCAAACAGACAUGUAACAAGUUGAGCAUUUAAAGGUGACCGAGAUUAGUCGCAUUUCUUAGGAUAAUAGUAUUUUUUGUUUGUUUGUUUGUUUUGUUUGACUUUCUAACGGACAUCUUGCCAAGAAAAUGGCAACAAUUUAGAACAAUUUGUGAUUUUUCACCAAAAACAACCCGUACGCUUUUGUAUUAAUUAUUUAUGAUGAUAGAAAAUGUUUGUUGAUAAUGUUUGUUAAUAGUUUGUGUCUCAAAGACACUUUUAAAUAACUGAAAAGCAUUCGUUGUGCACUGUUUCUUCUGUUUUCUCUGUUGUGAUUAUUGAUAGAAAAUAUGGGAUUUUCACAGGUCAGUUUUUUUUUUUAAAUGAGGGU